AUGCUUUUCUAUCUGACAUCGCGCAUCGUAAGCGCGACUGCAGCAUUUCUCUAUCCAGGUUACGCAUCGUACAAGACUCUGAGUCAACGUCCAGCUUCAGAAGAAGACCUUGAACGAUGGCUGAUGUACUGGUCGGUGCUGGGCUUCGUCGUGGCAACUGAAUACUUUGCGGAAUGGCUCAUUUCAUGGAUUCCGUUCUACUACACCAUGAAGACCCUUUUCCUUCUCUACCUCGCCCUUCCGCAAACAAAAGGCUCGACGUACCUUUACAUCACCCACCUCCAGCCCUUCUUCAACACGCACGAAUCUCAGAUUGAUGCAGCGCUCGCAUCCGCAAAAGCCAGAGUGUACGCGUUCUUCCAGGAGCGAUUCAGGCUCCUCUGGGACCAGGUCGCCGUUGCGAUGGGUCAACAGGCGCAAGCGCAGCAACACGACGACGCUCCGGAGCCUCCGUCCGCAGGGGGUGUCGUCUCGGCUCCCGCACAGCUCCUUGGAUCGCUGUGGUCUUCCUAUGGGCCCAGUAUCAUCGCUUCUGGUGCUGCGCUUCUGACCAAGGGUGCUACGGCGGCACCAACCCGUCCCGCGGCAGCACCACGCCCGGCUCCAGCAGACUCGACUCUGGAGCAACGCAAGAAACAAUUGGAGGCUGAACUUGCUGCUCUGAAUGCGCAGGCAGCGGGCGUCUCUUCGCUACCUAUGCCUUCGGCGUCUCCUCAACUUCUUGCUUCGAGAGGAUCAUCAGACUCUGAUAUCCGGCAACGAGAACGGACCAUGUCCGGAAGGUUCGAGGAGAUUGAGGUGCCGAGUGACGUCGAAGGGUACGACGAUGGUGUGGGCUUUGCCGCUGGCAAGCCUGGCGCUGGUCAGCGCAAGGGUAGUGGGUGGUUCGGUGGGUGGUCGAGUGGUGGUUCGUCGAAAGACGGAUACGAGAGGGUCAAGAGUGAUUAG